AUGUCGCACUACGCACUUCGCCGUGCCCAAACAGACAACCAAUUCGGGUUUCCUCAACGACAGACUUCGACUGCUUCGACUACUUCUUCCAUCUACUCAGGGGCGUCCAGUGCUUUUCUUCCCAGCCGUACCAGCACGGUCACUUCCACUAACUCCAGUAUCUAUUCAAGAGGCUCUCCAGGUCACAAGCGGUCAAACACAACCAUUGAGGAAAUGACGCCCACCAGGACCUGUGGUGGGAGCAGCAGUGUAGAAAAUAGCCCAGACCAUGUAUAUCGCAACAUCCGCCAAAGCCUGCGUCCUCUUCCUCAAGCUCCAUCGCCGACCACGACACCCAAUGCUCGCCGUCCGAGUCCCUACCACACCCGAGCUCACACCAUCGACCGCUUUCCUCAGACUGCCUCCGAAGAUCCAUUGGAGGACAAGCACCUACAUGAGCAUCAUCAAGACAUGCAUCAAGGCAGAACUCAUACUCACCAAGGCUUAUCGAAUCCCCACGCAAACACAUUCAAAGCCCCUGACCUUCGUGAGCUGCAGAAAUCCUCUACAACCUAUCUGAAAACCUUGUCGAAAUUUGCCCAAGAAGGUGAAGCCGAAGAGUUUGGAAUCGCAGCACCUAGCCAGUCUGUUACCGGAUUGCAUAAUCGGAGACAAUUGAAACGCACCGACUCAGUCGCAAUAGGCGCUCGGUCAGUGGCUAAGAGUUACGGAUGGGGCGAAAGAAACUGGAUGGACAAGCAGCGGCAAUUCUUGCAGGCCUACGAAUAUCUCUGCCAUAUUGGGGAAGCGAAAGAAUGGAUCGAAGACAUUAUCAACAAGCCAAUCCCACCCAUCGUGCAACUAGAAGAGGCUCUACGCGACGGAGUUACACUGGCAGAAAUUGUUCAGGCAUUCCAUCCCGACCAGCGCCUCAGAAUCUUCCGCCAUCCGAAAUUGCAGUUCAAACACUCGGACAAUAUUGUCUUGUUCUUCCGAUUUCUCGAGGACGUGGGCCUGCCGGAUCUGUUCCGCUUCGAGUUGAUCGAUCUAUACGAAAAGAAAAACAUUCCGAAAGUGAUCUACUGCAUCCAUGCCUUGUCGUGGCUCCUUUACCGCAAAGGCAUGGUCGACUUUCGGAUCGGAAACUUGGUUGGUCAACUUGAAUUCGAGCACCAUGAAUUGGAACAGACACAACGAGGCCUCGACAAAGCUGGGGUUAGCAUGCCUAGUUUUUCAGGAAUGGGUGCCAGUUUUGGCGAACCCGAGCCAGAGCCUGAGCCAGUGGAGACCGAAGCAGAAAGAAUAGAUAGAGAGCUACGGGAACAAGAAGCGAUCAUCUCAGACUUUCAAAAUCAGGUACGAGGUGCGUUGGUCAGAAUGCGACUGGGCGAUGUGAUGCAGCGGCUCUGGGACGCAGAGGAUUUCAUCGUCGAAAUUCAAUCGCGCGUUCGCGGUGACUGGGCAAGACAAAUUGCCGAUUACAGGCUCAAUAUGCAACGGUUCAGCACGAAUCUCCAGGCUGCGGCCCGUGGGUUUCUGAUAAGACUGCGACAGCAGAAGAAGGCCCAGCAAUGGAAGUCGAAAGCAAAGGAUGUGCUCAAGCUUCAAAGCCUCUUCAGGGCGGGCCAGGUCCGGACCCAAACCCAUUCCAUCAGGUCACAGGUACAAACGCAUGAGUCUGGUAUUCGCAAUCUGCAAGCUGCCAUUCGAGGGGCACUCUCUAGGCGAGACGCAUUCAACCAGUACGAGGCCACCAGGACAGCAGAAAAAGAAGUAAUAUCACUGCAAGCUGUCGUUCGCGGCAUGCUGACCAGAGCUCGGCUUCAAGACGAUCACGGAUUUCUACAAGAGGAAAGCUAUGCGAUUACCCAAUGUCAAGCUGGAGCAAGGUCGUUGCUAGCAAGAAUAGCUCAGAAUAAGCUGCGACAAGGGCUACUCAACUCGGCGCCGGCAUGGGCUUCACUACAAGCCAUCGUCCGAGCGGGUCGAGUCCGUACCACACUUUCUGAUCUAAAACAGUCCUUGAGAUCACAGUCUACGUCCAUUCGCGAUUUUCAGGCAAUCCUCAGAGGCGCAAACGCGAGGGAAGCCUUUAGCUCGCUGAAGCUUUCUCUACUGCAGCACUCAGCCAGUACGAUACCGGUGCAGGCUGCCAUCCGUGGCUUCACGAGGCGGAAUCAUAUGCAAAAGCAGCAACAGAACCUUCAGAGACAUGCGUCCAAGUUCACCCAACUCCAAGCACUUUCUCGCGGAGCACUUCUGCGAAUCCACACAGGAGAAUUACUCACAGAGCUUGGUAAGACUCAGGAUGAAGCAAUUCAACUACAAGCCCUGAUUCGUGCCAUGCUCUGCCGAAGUCAAAUUGGCGAUUUGCUGAGUGAGUUGGAAACACACGAUGAGUCUAUUACCGAACUACAGGCCCUUAUGAGAGCAGCCGCUAUCCGAUCCCAAUUUGCAGAGAAGAAGCGUUACUUCAAAGAGAACAUGGAAAAAGUGAUUAAGAUCCAGAGCGUUGUUCGGGCUAAGAUUCAAGGAAAGGCGUAUAAGAGCCUCACUGCCGGAAAGAACCCUCCUGUGGGGACGCUGAAAGGCUUCGUACAUCUUCUCAACGACAGUGAUUUUGAUUUCGAAGAGGAGGUUGAAUUUGAACGACUUCGCAAGACUGUGGUCCAGCACGUUCGUCAGAAUGAACUUGCGGAUCAAUAUAUCACGCAGUUAGAUAUCAAAAUUGCUCUCCUCGUCAAGAACAAAAUCACCCUGGAUGAAGUUGUCAAACACCAGCGACAUUUCGGCGGCCAUGUCGGUGCUCUCCUCCCCAACUCGGACAUUGCUUCGAAGGAUCCGUUCGACUUGAAAGCGCUGAAUAAGACCUCCCGGCGAAAAUUGGAGCACUAUCAGGAACUCUUUUUCCUGCUUCAGACUCAACCUCAAUAUCUGUCAAGACUCCUGAGACGUAUCAGGGAACAGGCCACUGCGGAAAAGGAAUGUGACCGGGUCAAACAUCUCGUCAUGGGCAUUUUCGGUUACGCCCAAAAGCGAAGGGAAGAAUAUUAUCUCGUUAAACUGAUUGGCCGGUCCAUCAAAGAAGAAGUUGACUGCUCCGCCUCUCUUCAAGACUACCUCCGAACGAAUUCAUUUUCCAACAAACUGUUUGGAGCAUACAGCAAGUCGCCUCGCGACCGUAAGUUUUUGAGAGACAUCCUCGGCCCUCUUGUCAAAGAGAAUAUCAUUGACAACACUAUGCUCGAUCUCGAAAGUGACCCUCUUCAGAUCUAUGUCUCUGCCAUCAAUAACGAAGAGCUGAGAACAGGACGACGAAGCCAGAGAGAUCCCAAUGUCCCGAGGGAGGUAGCCAUCCGGGACCCAGAGACCAGAGCAACGUUUAUUGCACACAUGCAAGAUCUCCGCGAUAUUACGGAUCAGUUCUUCCUCUGCCUAGAAGACUGUCUGCAGCGGAUGCCUUUUGGUGUCCGGUGCGUUGUUCAGCAGACAUAUGAGCAUCUCGUCGCCCGAUUUCCUGGCGAAGAGGCUGAUUUUGUGCUUCAGCUCGUGGGCCAGUGGCUAUGGCGUCACUACCUCCAACCUGCUCUCCUGGAGCCCGAAAAGUUUGGUGUCGCUGAUCGAGCUAUGACGCAAGAACAAAAACGGAACCUGGGGGAGAUAGCAAAAGUGUUGAACCAGGCCGCCUCAGGCCGUGAGUUUGGCGGUGACAAUGUUUACCUCCAGCCCCUGAACAACUACGUGCGCGAGUCUAUCGGACGGUUCGCGGCAAUCUGGAGUCAUGUAAUAUCAAUACCACCGGCAGAAGAGCACUAUGAUAUUGACGAGUUCAACGAUCUUUACGCAAAGACAAAACCGACCUUGUACAUCAAGAUGGCCGAUAUUUUCUCCAUCCACAAAUUGUUGUCUCAAGAGAUCAGUUCAAUUUGUCCGAAUCAGGACGAUGUUCUCCGCGACAUCCUGAGGGAAUUGGGUAGUGUCCAGAGCAAUGAAAGCGAACUCAGGGGUGUAAGCUCCAGCGAGAUCAGUCUGACACUGACCCCCAAACUGUUAAACUCGGAAGAUCCAGAUGCGGAUGUGAAGACUCUGCUGACCGAGACCAAACGGUGCGUCCUCUAUAUCAUCCGGGUCCAGUCAGGGGCAAAUCUCCUUGAAAUAUUGGUCAAGCCAAUCACACCUGAAGAUGAGGACAAAUGGGAGAUUUUGGUCAAUGACGAACUCCGCGCUGGCAACGGGCGGCGUGGUGCUUAUACCGACGUCCACAACCAUCUCGACAUCAGCAGCCUGUCAUACCCCGAUCUCAAGCGCAUUGCUCUGGAAAAUAUCUUGCAGCUCGAGUCUGUCGGUCGCUUGACACGGUCGAACCAGUACCAAGACCUUCUCAACGCCAUCGCUAUCGACAUUCGAACCAAACACCGGCGACGACUGCAACGACAGCGUGAACUCGAGAACGUGAAGACCACUCUGGCACGGCUUAACGAGCAAGCAUUGUAUCUUGAGCAGCAACUGAAGACUUACAAUGACUAUAUUGAACAAGCCAUGGUGACUUUGCAGAACAAGAAGAGCAAGAAGCGGUUCGUGAUGCCCUUCAGCAAACAGUGGGAACACGAACGCGAGCUUCAGCGUUCUGGCCGAUCCUUCAAAUUCGGUUCGUACAAAUACUCCGCACGAACUCUGGCAGACAAGGGGGUGCUUGUCCACUGGCGCGGCUACCAAGAGCGACAAUGGGACCGAGUGGACUUGACCUUCUCUUCAAACGAAGUCGGCGUUUUCACGAUUGACGGCAGCUCAGGGAAUAUGAUGAUCCCAGGAGCCAACGCUCAAGUGCCACUCGACGAUCUUUUGCAGGCGCAGUUCAACAACACGCAAUUCAUGGAGUUCUUUGAAGGAGCGUUGCGCGUAAAUGUCAACUUAUUCUUGCACUUGAUUAUGAAGAAAUUUUAUAAUGAAUGA